AUGAAGUGAUCGAAAACACGUAAUAAAAGCUCCUAUGGGGAGAAGAGGGCUGGACAGACCCCUUUUCUUUGUGAUGCUUGCAUAAAAACCAAGGGUGGGUCUAACUGUUUUUGUAUUGCAGACAGAAUUUAAGCCCAGAUCUUUUUCUUGGGAUUGUUGCGCGCUUAAGAGACGAGUGCAGCCAGGACACAACAAAUAACUCAAAAGAUCGUGCAGAAUCCUUACAGACUUUUUUUGUUAGGUCAGCCUGUCUCACUUAUUCAUGUGGAAUUCCGCUCUGCGUGAACAUCGAGUUUGUUGUACUUAAAAGUAUCUGACAUUACUUUAAAGACGUGCUCAUCAUUGUCGCAUUUGUUAUUACAAACUUCACUUACUUGAAAACGAAGGAUGACUUUGACCGUGUCGACGGACCUGUCAGUGAACACUAGCCCAACUCAGGUAGAGGAAAAGCUACAAGACAAACAAAAAGCUCUGCGAGACAGCAUCGAAAAGGGGGAGCCCCAAAUAUUCGGGGUCGCUCAGAUAGUAAUAGGAUUGCUGAUCAUCUCCUAUUCUAUACCUCUGCUGUCCACUGAGAUCACAAUGAUACUUAACUUUGGUGUGCCAUGGUGGAGUGGCCUUACGUUUGUCAUUUCAGGCUCAGCUGGAAUAGCAGUGGAAAAAUAUGCCACCUUGAAAGCAGUCUCUGUUUGUUUGGCAGUCUCUGCUGUGACCAUUAUCAUCUCAGUUAUUGCACUUAUCAUGUACUAUGCUGACAUUGCUUUCAAUCCGCCAACCAAAUGCCAUAUGGGAUCACGCCAGAUGUGUGACCACCAGUAUUAUGCCACUCAUUUCAGCACAGGAUUGAAGGCAACCAUCUCCAUGGUCAGUGUGGUCCAGACAGCAAUUUCCUCUGCUUUUACAGCUAUACUGUAUAAUCAGAGGAGGAACUUUACAGGCUAUGCGACCGUGACUGAAUGACAUCCUGCUUAAUCCCAUGUAUGACAUUUCUGGAUUUAAAUUAGAGGUCCUUAAACUAUCCACUUCAUAUAGCCUAUACAUGUGGUUUUUCUUGUACAUAUGCAUUUAAGUGUUGUUGUAUUUUUGCUCAAAUCUAAAGUGAAUUGUAUUG